UUGCUUCCUUUAGUAGAAGUUUGCGGCUCCUGCCCCAAUCCUGGCAAUGGUGAAAGAGAAGGAGAUAUGACUGGGAAAGUCAGGAAGACUUACCGACCACGAUCAAUCCAGAAGUCUUGGUUUGGGCAGUUUUCUUGGUUGAUAAGUGACCCAGAAGAGACCACGCUGUUUUGCUCAGCUUGCAAAGAACGCCCUUCCCUCCAUGACAAAUCUUCCAGAUUAGUUAAAGGGUACACAGGACCUUUCAAAGUGGAGACUUUAAAGUACCAUGAGGUCAGCAAAGCCCAUAAGCUUUGUGUCAACACAGCAGAGGUCAAGGAAGAUGCACCUCGGGCUUCCCUUGUUCCAGUGGUGCCAGAAAUUUCUAGUGACUUAAUGGCAAACAUGGAACACUUUUUUAAUGCUGCCUACUCCAUUGCUUACCACUCAAGGCCUCUGAAUGACUUUGAGAAGGUUCUGCAGCUUCUGCAGAGCACAGGGACCAUGAUCCUAGGCAAGUAUCGAAACCGUACUGCCUGUACCCAGUUCAUUAAGUACAUCUCUGAGACACUCAAGAAGGAGAUCCUGGAUGAUAUCCGUCAUUCUCCUUGUGUGAGUAUAUUGUUGGACAGCUCCACAGACUCAUCAGACCAGUCUUGUGUGGGGAUUUACAUAAGAUACUUCAAAGAGAUGGAGGUGAAGGAGUCUUACAUCACACUGGCCCCACUCUACAGUGAGACAGUGGAUGGCUAUUUUGAAACUAUAAUUUCUGCUCUGGAUGAACUGGAUAUACCAUUUAGGAAGCCUGGAUGGGUAGUAGGCCUGGGGACUGAUGGUUCAGCCAUGCUUAGCUGUAAGGGAGGUCUAGUAGAGAAGUUCCAAGAAAUCAUCCCUCAGCUGUUGCCUGUCCAUUGUGUGGCCCACCGUCUCCACCUAGCAGUAGUAGAUGCCUGUGGAAGCAUUGACUUAGUAAAGAAAUGUGAUCGGCAUAUCCGGACAGUGUUUAAGUUUUACCAGUCCUCCAACAAAAGGCUGAACGAGUUACAGGUGGGUGCAGCUGCCCUUGAACAAGAAAUUGUACGCCUAAAGGACUUGAAUGCCAUCAGGUGGGUAGCAAGCAAAAGACGGACACUGAAUGCACUGAUUGUGAGUUGGCCUGCUCUGGCCAGCCACUUGCAGAGCGUGGCAGAAGCUGGGGGCCAGAUUGGGCACAGGGCCAAGGGCAUGUUGAAGCUGAUGAAGAGCUUUCAUUUCAUUAAGUUCUGCCACUUUCUUCUAGACUUCCUAAGCAUCUACCGGCCUGUAUCUGAGGUGUGCCAGAAAGAGAUUGUUUUGAUCACAGAGGUAAACUCCACGCUGGAGAGGGCUUACAUUGCCUUGGAAACCCUCCUCCACCAGGCGGGGCCCAAAGAGGAAGAGUUCAACACCAGUUUCAAGGAAGGUCAACUCCAUGGCAUUCUCUUAGACAGGAUGGAGAUGGCUGAACAGCGGUUCCAGGCAGACAGAGAGAAGAUGAUUUUAACUGGGAUUGGAUACCUCCAAAGAAGGUUUGAUGCUGAUCGAUCGCCCCAGCUCAAGAACAUGGAGGUGUUUGACACUAUGGCCUGGCCAGAUGGCAUUGAACUGGCUAACUUUGGGAACAAUGAGAUACUUAACCUAGCCAGACAUUUUGAGCUCUCCCUCCCCCCAGGCUACAGUGAAGAAGGCCUCCUAGACGAAUGGCUGGACCUAAAGACCAUUGCCAAGAACCUUCCCUUCUCCAUGCUAUGCAAAAAUGCCCUUUCCCAGCACUCCCGCUUCCCUCUGCUGAGUCAGCUCAUGGCAGUGGUGGUCUGUGUGCCCAUCUCAACCUCUUGCUGUGAGCGUGGCUUCAGUGCCAUGAACCGAAUCAAGACAGAUGAGAGGACCAAGCUUUCCAAUGAAGUCAUCAACAUGCUUAUGAUGACAGCAGUGAAUGGUGUGGCAGUCACUGAGUAUGACCCACAGCCUGCCAUACAGCAUUGGUAUCUGACUUCAUCAGGCCGUCGCUUCAGCCAUGUCUACUCUUGUGCCCAAGUGCCACCUCGUGCUGAUGUGGGUGCUGAGCUCAGGAAUGAGAACACGGGAACUCUCUAUAUGGAGGAGGUGGUGUCCCAGGAGCCAGCCAUGCAACCCUAUGGGAAGCCUGUCAAGAUACCACAAGAUUAUGUCAGAGACUCAGCUAAUGGACUUAGAUGCCUCACAGAAGCCAAGAGACCCCAGAACUGUCCUAAUGAAGAAAAGAUCUUCCAGGAGCAGGAAAGCCAAGGGCUACCUCAGAGAGCCACCUAACCAACUUUUGGGGAAAAGGCAGGGAUCAUCUGAAAAUUCCUUGUGGGCACUGAUCAGCUGCAUGCUGACCAGAGCUCUGUUCCUAGGAACUCAGGGAGAUGCAGCCCUUGCCGGGCCACAUCCUUCUCACCAGGCUUAGCAGCGGGUCCAUGGUGGGGCAAGUCCUUUAUGUUAAUGUGAAAGGAAAUUUUUUAUUUUAAUUUCCUUUUUUAAAAGUCCUAGAAGUCAAAAAGGACUUGCCCUCAUAACUGGAAGAACUUCAAGCACAGGAACACCUGUCUGGUAGAGACUGUUUGGGAUCUGAGCACUUUAUUCCCAGGGACCACUGGGAAAUAUGUCUGGGAGGCUGCCUGCUUACUUGCAUUAUGGGUACUACGUCAUUGGUAAAGAAGAAGGGGAGAACUUGGCCCAGAUGGGGGCCAUAGUGUAAGAGAGCAAUGCUGAUUUAUGGGGCUUCCAAUCUAAGUAUUCUAGGCCAGGAGCUUAGGGACUUCCUCAUUUCCAGGGUGGGUGUAGACAUCUAAUGUGAGCCUGAACCUGGCCAAGGGAGAAUUCUCCCCUCCUGGAAAGGUUCCCUUUUUAAGGUCAAUAACCUUUCAGACCUAAGCACUGGAGAAAGACCAGUCCCCUAGGACUAGUGUGAAAAUGAGAGGCAUGUAUGGGCCCUAGACUCAUCUUAUUUCAAAUCAGGAUCAGAAGUAGUGCCACACCUGUCACCAUCUCUGAUUAUAAAUACAGGCCAAGAGCAGAAGCCACCUAAAAAUAUAAGAGCCUUCUGUCCACUGCAACUUCUGCUGUUGAUUAUAAGGUUCCUUUUAUCCAGAUUGAUUGCCCUUUUCCUAAUAGAUUUGUUCCAUAUUCCCAAGAUACCUGAAAUCUUUCUGAGAACAUCUACCCCUUGGCACCUUGUGCCACUCACUAUGCAGACACAACUUUCAUGACCUGAUUGAGCCUUAGGCACCAUCUUGACUCCCCUUUUCUCAGCCAGGGUGGAACCUCCUGUUCCACGUUUGUCUCUUGGAACCUAAUCACAGUGCCUCGUUCAACCAGAGGGUUCAGGAAUUUGAGAUAUAUCUUGUCCUCCAAGCCUUGAGCUGCCCUUUCCAGCAUAGCUGGAUUGGGAGCCCCAGUCCUCCCAUCUACCCAUGCUGAUUUAGUGAGUCUAUCUAAGGAGCUUGGGAAUUAGUCUCAGAUGUAUAAAUGGGCUUCUGAGAACUGGGUAUGGAUUGGAGGAAGACAAAAGUGGCUGCCCCAGGUCUGCAUGGUGAGUGGUGGUGGCUGGUACAUGCCCAGUCCCCAGGGGCCUUGAGCUAGUUCCAUGGUGACAUUCCAUAGAAUUCCUUCCAUCCUGGGGCUGGACUCCCAUUCCUGUCCUCCUAUUAUCUUCUGUUCUAUUUUCUUCCCGAACACCUUGCCAACCUUAGCCUUCUAAAUGCCCUAAUCAGGGCAUGAGGUCAGUUUGAUCUUUAAUUCUGGACAAGGGGUUUCCUCUGUGAGAUGAAUUUGUGAUCAGAGGUGGAAACCAUGCUAGAGAAGCCUGUGAGGGUCUUGUUGGGACCGAUGUCAUUGCUGAAUUCUUAGUUGGAUGCACUUUGAAAGAGGCUGUCCAUUGCUGGCUUUUUGAGCUGGUUAGUCCUCAGACUGUGGUGACUGAAAAUGCUAUUUAUUUGUAAAACGCAGUGUUUGUAAAUGUACAGUUUACAUAAACUUCCUCUCUGUAGGGUGGGUAUCACAGAAGGAAGGGACACUUUUUCUACUAGACAUCUUAUAACUCUUUAACCAAGGGCAAAGGGAUUUUUACUGAAGUUUUUGCUUGAGAGCUCAGAAUAGAAAGUUAUCUGGCAGAAAUGGGCCUGGGGAAAGCCUCAAGGCUCAAAUUUACUUUCAAUUUGACUUUCAUUGUCUGUUUUGGAAACUGGGCCGAGGAAAUGGUCCUCCUUGUGUCUUAAAUGGCCUGUACAGAUGGGUAAGGAGGAGACAACAUUUGCCCUGGAUAAGGCUUCAGGCUGUAAUCCCCUGCUUAAAGAGACCUCUACCAUCAAUAUAUUUCCAUGUGCAUUAUCUCCUUCCCUAUGGCUGAUGUCCACUACAGCUGUCAUUAUGAGUAACCAGCAUUCUAACCAAUAGCUCUAAUCAAUAGCCAUAAGAAUUGGGGCUGAGAAAGAGAGGAGUUUCCCCACUUCCUUUCUUCUACCUAUCCAUGUGCCAUGAGGGCUGUGGCCAUGAUCUGGAUGCCAGUCAUAUUCACUCUUGUCAGUUCUAGUGCGUCCUGGCAGAGAGUCUUUUGUUUUAUGAGUAUUUACCAUCUGGAUGACAGUAAGGACAGUCAAAGCAACCCAGCCAGUGUCCACUCAGCCGGGAAUUUACAAAGUGAGGGCAUUGUCGCUUGGUUCAGAUCUGUGCAGAAUGUUGUUGUUUUUUAAAAAACACAUUUGAUUCUUAAUCUUUUGCUAUAUGAAUAAAGCAGAGUUUUAUUUCA